AUGCAAAUCGAACGCAUAUCUACUGAGAAUGGAAGGAAGUGGCCCAAUGUACAUAAGUUCAAGUUUGUUUUAGUCAGUUUUAAGCAAAGUAAGCAAAUAUUGGAAUGGCUCAGUUUUCAGAAUACAAUGCACAACAGUACUGAAACAAGUGAUUCAAACUGUACUCAAAUUUCAAACAGUCAGUACUUGAAAAAUGGUCAUUUUAGUCAUCAUUCAGAUCGAGCAACGAAUGACAAAAUGAAAACGCGUAACUUUUAA